CUCCAUUGCAAGCCACACUCUGAGCUUUACUCAGCUUCAGCUGUUUUUCUUUUGGACCUAUAGGCUCUUACUAUUUUAAACAGAAAGGCUUUUUUUGUUUUGCUUUUGUUUCUCCCCUGCCUCGAGAACCGUGCAUGUCGUCAACCCUUGCCCUCAGAUGUGAGGGACAGUAGUGUGAUUGGUUUGGAUCUAUGGAGUUCUCCCUAUAAUCAGGAGAUCUGCCUAAAAUGUGGUCCGUGUGGUGUGCCGGGGAAGAGAAGCGAGUCGGUACGCGCACCGUGGUGGUUGGGCACCGUCCAGUUUCGGAAACGGACGCAUACGGUGCGCAGAAGUUCUGCGAUAAUAGGAUCGUCUCAUCCAAGUAUACAAUCUGGAACUUCCUCCCGAAGAACCUUUUUGAACAGUUCAGAAGAAUUGCCAACUUUUAUUUCCUUAUUAUCUUCCUUGUGCAGGUCAUAGUGGAUACUCCAACCAGUCCGGUGACCAGUGGGCUUCCCCUUUUCUUUGUGAUCACUGUCACAGCUAUCAAGCAGGGAUACGAGGACUGGCUGAGACACAGAGCUGACAACGAAGUAAACAAAAGUAAUGUCUUCAUUGUUGAAAAUGCAAAGCAAGUGCAGAAAGAGAGUGAAAAAAUCAAGGUUGGAGACAUAGUAGAAGUGAGAGCAGAUGAGACCUUCCCCUGUGACUUGAUAUUUUUGGCCUCAAGUAGUAUUGAUGGGACCUGUUACGUCACUACAGCAAGUCUUGAUGGCGAGUCGAAUUUCAAGACUCAUUACGCGGUGCGGGAUACCAGCGUGCUCUGUACGGAUGAAGCCAUAGACUCCCUUACUGCCACGAUCGAAUGUGAACAGCCUCAGCCUGACCUCUACAAAUUUGUUGGAAGAAUUAUUAUCUACAGAAGUAAUCAAGAACCUGUGGCUAGGUCUUUGGGUCCUGAAAACCUGUUGCUGAAAGGUGCUACCCUCAAAAAUACCAAGAAGAUUUAUGGAGUCGCAGUCUAUACUGGAAUGGAAACGAAAAUGGCUUUGAACUACCAAGGGAAAUCUCAGAAACGUUCUGCUGUAGAAAAAUCUAUCAACGCUUUCUUGAUAGUGUAUUUAUGCAUCCUUUUGAGCAAAGCUACGGUUUGCACGACUCUGAAAUAUGUCUGGCAGAGUAAUCCAUUUAAUGAUGAGCCUUGGUACAAUGAAAAGACUAAGAAAGAGAGAGAGACAUUCAAGGUUUUGAGGAUGUUCACGGACUUCUUGUCAUUCAUGGUCCUCUUCAAUUUUAUUAUCCCAGUCUCCAUGUAUGUUACAGUAGAGAUGCAGAAGUUCUUGGGCUCCUUCUUCAUCUCUUGGGAUAAGGACAUGUACGAUGAAGAAAUAAAAGAAGGCGCACUGGUGAACACCUCGGACCUGAAUGAAGAACUCGGACAGGUGGAGUACGUGUUCACAGACAAAACUGGGACCUUGACGGAAAACAGCAUGGAGUUCAUUGAGUGCUGCAUAGAUGGACACAAGUACAAAGACUGCCUGUCAGAGGUUGAUGGCUUCUCCCAGACUGAUGGACCCCUAAAAUACUAUGGCAAAGCAGAGAAGUGUCGAGAAGAGCUGUUCCUGCGUGCUUUGUGCCUUUGCCACACUGUUCGAAUCAAAGAAGGAGACCAGGUGGAUGGAUUGGUAGGACAUCAGGAACACAAAUUUACCUAUAUCUCUUCUUCCCCAGAUGAAAUUGCUUUGGUGAAGGGUGCAAAAAAGUAUGGUUUCACUUUUCUAGGACUUGAAAACGAUUUCAUGAAAAUACAAAACCAAAAGAAUGAAACUGAAAUGUACCAGCUUCUCCAUGUAUUGAACUUUGAUCCUGUCCGUCGUCGUAUGAGUGUCAUUGUGAAAACCACCACAGGGAAGUUGCUUCUCUUCUGUAAAGGAGCAGACUCCUCUAUUUUUCCAAGAGUGCAACAAGAAGAAAUUCAACAAACUAAAGUCCACGUAGACCGCAAUGCUAUGGAUGGGUAUCGAACGCUUUGUGUGGCAUUCAAAGAGCUGACUCAAAAGGAGUAUGACAAAAUUGACAGGCAACUUAAUGAAGCUAAGAUGGCUCUGCAGGACAGAGAAGAAAAGAUGGCAAAGGUUUUUGAAGACACAGAAGCAGACAUGCACCUGAUUGGGGCUACUGCUGUAGAAGACAGACUGCAGGAACAGUCAGCAGAGACGAUUGAAGCUCUGCACGCAGCCGGCAUGAAGGUGUGGGUGCUGACUGGAGACAAGAUGGAAACGGCUAAAUCCACCUGCUAUGCCUGCAGGCUCUUCCAGACCAGCACCGAGCUGCUGGAGCUCACUGCAAGCACAGUGGGCGAGAGCGAAAGGAAGGAGGAUCGGCUCCAUGAGCUACUAAUGGAAUAUCAUAAAAAGCUGAUUCAAGACUUUCCCAAAAAUCGGGGAGGCCUGAAAAGAAGCUGGACAUUCAGUCAGGAAUAUGGCCUGAUUAUAGAUGGCUCAACGCUGUCACUAAUACUCAAUCCUUCUCAGGACUGCGGUUCUAGUAAUUACAAAAAUAUAUUUCUGCAAAUCUGCUUGAAGUGUACUGCAGUUCUGUGCUGUCGGAUGGCUCCUUUGCAGAAAGCGCAGAUUGUGCGAAUGGUGAAGAACACAAAAGGGAGCCCAAUAACACUAUCAGUAGGGGAUGGUGCAAAUGAUGUUAGUAUGAUUUUGGAAGCGCAUGUUGGAAUAGGUAUAAAAGGCAAAGAAGGACGGCAGGCUUCAAGAAAUAGUGAUUACGCUGUUCCAAAGUUUAAACACUUAAGAAAAUUGCUACUCGCACAUGGGCAUUUAUAUUAUGUAAGAAUAGCACACCUUGUUCAGUAUUUCUUCUAUAAGAACCUCUGCUUCAUAUUACCGCAGUUUUUAUACCAGUUCUUCUGUGGAUUCUCACAGCAGCCGCUGUACGAUGCUGCUUAUCUUACCAUGUACAACAUCUGCUUCACAUCACUACCUAUCUUGGCUUAUAGCCUCCUGGAGCAGCAUAUCAGCAUUGACACACUGACCUCAGAUCCACAGUUGUAUAUGAAAGUUUCUGAUAAUGCAAUGUUGCAAUGGAAGCCUUUCUUGUACUGGACCUUUCUGGGCGCCUUUGAAGGACUCGUGUUUUUCUUUGGGGUUUAUUUUCUUUUUCAAAAUUCGUCAUUGGAAGAUAAUGGAAAGGUUUUCGGAAAUUGGACCUUUGGAACUAUUGUUUUCACCGUGUUGGUGUUCACCGUCACGCUGAAGCUAGCAUUAGAUACUCGAUUCUGGACGUGGAUGAACCACUUUGUGAUUUGGGGCUCCCUGGCCUUCUAUGUGUUCUUCUCGUUCUUUUGGGGAGGAGUCAUUUGGCCUUUCUUGAAGCAGCAAAGAAUGUAUUUUGUAUUUGCCCAUAUGCUGACUUCCGUUUCCACAUGGCUGGCAAUAAUUCUCCUGAUCUUUAUCAGCCUUUUCCCAGAAAUUCUUCUAAUAGUUUUCAAAAAUAUAAAAAAGAAAAAACAUCAGAGCAGUAGGAAGGCGCGUGACUCACUGUCGGCCAGACCUUCUGUCAGACCACUUCUUUUAAGAACGUUCUCAGAUGAAUCUAAUGUGUUGUAACAGACUGGCCACUUUGAUCUGCCUAUGUUAAUGUCAUACAAACGUAUAGAGAAUGGUUAUGUGAAGACUGAAGAUGCUGUUACUAACUUGGCAGAAAGAUAUCCUCUCAGGAUACUUUAAAUGCUCCAUGCAAGCACUGCAUCUGGUCAUGCUGUAGGGGAAAAAAGUAAUGUUUUUAACUUAACAGUUCUCAUUAAAAUUACCAAGAAUUGUAAGCAGCCAUGCUGAUAAAGCAGUAGCCAGGGCAUUGGCCACAGUACCCAUUUGUCUUUGGUCUUGUUGCCACCCCCGCACCCAGAAUAUCUUCUGAAUCAAAAAUCUGUGUGCUUGGAAGUAGAGAAAGCAUCUUUGGAAAUUCUUCAAAAACAGCAUGAACACGGGCGCUUUUCACAAAAGCGAAAAAGAGAAGCAGCGUCCCAUUUGGAGGCAGCUGCCCUGCUGACUGCUGCACAUCUGUCCGAGAGCAGCGAAUUGCUGUCGCAGCCUUUUGCUUUGCCUGACCAAAGAAGCAGCGCAGACUCCAAACCCGCUAUCAGCCCCAUCCAACUCCCCGAGGGUGCGGCAGGAAGGCCCUUCGUCCGGCGCGGGAGGCAGGUUAUGCUGUGACGGGCACCUAGCUCGGGCCAGCGGGUUCCUCCAGCUGCGGGCUGGGUCCACGUCCCGCUCCGCAGGUGAGCUGCGACCCUCCGAAGCGCUGGGGCUGGAUGGGCACAGCAGGAAGGCGUGAAAACCUGGGAGAGGUCUUCACCGAUGGUGCGAGGUGUCCGGUCAGAUGUCCUUCCCCUGGCAGCCAGCGCGGUUAGAGGUGACCUGUGGUCCUUGAGGAGCAGUGUGCCCACGUGGAGGGCCGCGGCGCUGAUGAGACGUCGAAGUUCUCGCGCUGCCCAUCCGCUCCUCUGUGCUGAUGGGCCCUUUCCUGGAGGAAGGGGAAAAAAGAAUGUUUUUCCCUCAUGUUUUGGAAACAGGCAAGGACUGUUCAUCGUGUUCGUUAUGAAAGCUUUCUUGGUUAGGAAAGAAGCUCACAAAUUGUGCUGUGCCAGACAUCCAGCCCAGUUUUGCCCGGGCUUCUGUGGCUGCGGUCACGUUGCUGCGCUGUGCAGUUGCUUAAACACUUUCAGGCCUGAAUGGCAGUGCUGCCCUUGGAUGGUCCUAGGGACACGGAUUGUGCCUGUCCACACUUGCAGGCAUCAAACUGCAUCCUGAGUUAUUUGCACUAAGGAGAAAAAAAAAAAAAAAGUCAUUUAAAAAUAAAAUGAAUAGCUUAGUCUGAUCUCAUUCAUUUUAUACUUUACUUGGUUUUUAAAUUGGCAUGUCCUUUUUAAAUCCACCUUUACUAAGAUGGGGGAAACUUUUGCUUGUUUUUUAGGUUGUAAAUAUCACAUGUGCAUAGCAGAGAGGUGGGAUGUCUGAAUCUCAGCUCUCUCUGAUACUUCAGCUGUGAAAAAUGCAGGGUUUUAAAUUGUUUUAAGUAAUAAGCAGUCAUGGGAGCAGCUUGCAUGCCGCUAUUACUUGAUAUUAAGGUUUACCCUCGUGCUGACUUCCCUUUGCCCCGCCUGGUACAAUCUGCUGCUGGCUGGAGGUCUGCAUGGCGGCGCAGAGGAAACGCUGCGAUAAGCAUUCACGUCUGAUUUCAGAAGUAGUGUAAACUCUACGCUGCAGUCGGGCCUGGCUCCCGUUGUGUUUCCCUUGGGCUCCGUUUCCUUUUCACGCAAAGAGAGGAUGAAUUGGGACGAGACAGGACGUUCCCUUCCUCCAGUUUUGCUACGCAGCGGACUGUUGCCUCUCCGAAGAAUCGCGCCCCUCGGUCCCUCCCCGACUCUGGCGAAAGCAGGAUCGGGAUCGUGAGCUGCAGGCGAAUCCUGACCCACGGGCUGGGGAAGCUGUGGCCCCCUACCUCUAUCGGGACGGGUCGCAGGGCAGAAGGAGCGAAGGGGCUGCACAGCCCCUGUGGCCACGGCUGCCCUCGAUGGCUCGGCGCGGGUGUACGGACGGGACCGCUGUAUCAUACGCCCUGCGCUGGCCUCGGUGCACGCCACGCUCGUUGUCACCUUGUUGGUAACCACGGCUUGACUCCUUGCUGCAUGCAAGUAAGGAGCUGCACUUGCAGCAUGCCCACCAUGGGCAAAGCUUUCUGCUUUUUCCUUUUUCUAGCUCAUCUCGUGGACCUAGAAUUCAACCUGCAGACCUUGGCCAAUUCUGUUUCAUUACUAAAACACGGUGCCUACAGAUCAAGUAUGCGAUGAAUACAAGAAAGAUGCGCUCUAUAUGCCAAAUCCAACCUUUCUCCUUAAAUGUACAGUUGCUGUCUUCUGUUUACAUAACCUUUAAAAUGCGGGCACUGAAACGCGUAAUUCCUGUGAUUCAAAACCAUUCCGAGCCCGAGUCGUCCCAAGUCUGACAGCCUGCUUCUCGGUUUCUUUUGUGUUGUAUUCGACUUCUAGGGUCACGCUCUGUUCCCAUGAAGACUCGCCCGGAGGUUUCGCUGUUGAUGUUACAGGGAACAGGACGAAGCUUGCAGUGUUUGUGCUAUGUGUGAACUGUCCUACUAAAGCCACUUACACAGGCUGAAUGCUGCAGCCUGUUUUAAGACAAGAGCCUUCUGCGUGCCAAAUCUUCCCUUUUACGAGUAUCCAGUGUCAGUACGGAGUAAACCAUUUGCCAUAGCUGUACAUUUAAACCCAAGGCACGUGUAAGCUGCUGAGACGGGGGUUGGGGUAAACAGAAAUGUCUUGAAUACCAGCUCUUUUUGGAAAUGCGCAUUUUCUUGGACUCAGAUCUUCAGCUAUUUCAGUGGCGUAGCUCAGCGGUGCCGGGACAGCCUCGUACCAGCAGGAGCGCUGGUUGUCCUGGCUCGGAAACAGUAGAAGGGAAAUGUCUGGUGCUGCAGAUGCAUUGUGAAAUGAGGGGAAACAGGAGACCAAUCUGGAGCUAGAGAAGGAAGAGAAAGGUGGUGAUACUAGCUAUAAAGCAUCAGCCAGCAGGACGUGAGAGUGGCAGUAAUUUGACAGUAAUACUGUGAUGGCUGUUCCUAUAAAA